UUUCGUCUUCAUCUUCUUCUAUCUGACCACUAGGAUUUGCUGGUCAACUCCUAUAAGCUUUCUUCGUCAACAAUUCUUGAUCCCCGGCGAACAAUUUGAACCUCAAUGUUGCCCACCCGAAUCACCAUCUCGCCCUUUUUUGCUUUGCUAUGCCUUUGGAUGGCUUAUACACUGGCAGUCUUCGCAUCACCUUUGUCCGGUACACGUGAUAGCAAUGGCGCUGCCCCGGUGCUCUUACCUCGCCAGCCCUCGGUAGAUCUUCUGAUUCUCAUUACCCGCAUGAAUACCCUGAAAGAACACCUGCUCGUGGCCGUCGGAGAUACGAUCCUCCACGCCAACAAAUCAGAGGUCGUGGGACAAGAAGGCACCCUUGUUCCUCGAAGAUACCAUAUUCCCUUGAACAUCGCGAAGAAGAAAUACCACACGGAAUUCAUCGGAAAAGCAUCGUUUUGGGAUGAACAAGACAAACAAAAGGCUAUCAAAGAGAUGCUUGCCGUGAAGAUGCCCCCUUUCGUGGAAGAAGGCACUUGUUUGGAUUAUAUUCGGAUUGUUCUAGAGAAAUUGAAGGGGCGUGGAAGCGUUGAUGCCUCGGUUCUAGAACAGUACGAAACAAUCUAUGGCGAGAGGCUCGAAGUGAGAUACAGGCUUAUGCAUGAAAAAUAUGGGAUAAGAUAAAGUUCACCGAUUUGUUGAAUAUUGGGUCGACAGUGUCAAUUUCGAGGAAUUCUGCCGGCGUAGCAUGAUUGUCAGGUGCAAACAAAGGGAUUGCAAUUUUCACCUUUGGCUGUUCACAAUUCUCAAAUGCCCUAUUACUCU